GAGUGACGCAGCUGUGUCCGCGGAGGAGGAGGAGGAGGAGGAGGAGCAGCGGUAGUGUAGGACGGAGGAGGAAGCAGCGAGGAUGGCGGAGUCACACCUCUGAAGCAAAUCUUCGAGGGUUUAAAAAAAACCUUGAUGACCUUUGCAGCCUGAAGGAACUUAUAUCCGAAGAUCCUUGGAUUGUAUGCAGUUCUAACACUAAAGCAUGUGGCCCAUGGGUGCCACAGUCCAGCUACUAAAAAGGAUUUUUUCUCCCAUGGCAUUUUAGCAAAGGAACAAAGUAUUUUAAAUCAUCAAAGAAGAACUUUGGAUCACAACGCCUUUAUUUCCAGGAUAAUCAUAAAUGUGUGGGCCUGUACAGGGAUGUUUCCUUUAAAAGCCUCCUUGGCUGACUGUGUCCCUGUUUUCCUGAAUAAGUAACCUGACAAGAGAGACUCCCAUGAGCAACUCUGCAGGAGGCUCGAUAACGUCGACAUGAGUAGUACUUUAGGCAAAGAAAAAGAUUCGAAAGAAAAGGACCCCAAAGGUGGUCCAGCGGGGAAAGAAAGGGAAAAGGAGGCCAGGGCUCUAGCCGGCUUAGUCAAGGAUGGUGGCAAAGAAACGAAGACCAAAGGGAAAGAUGCCAAAGAAGGAAAGAAGGACACCAGCAGCUCAACACCGGGUGUUGCCUUCUCGGUUGACAACACGAUAAAGCGGCCAAACCCGGCAGCGGGUACGCGCAAGAAGUCCAGCAAUGCCGAGGUGAUCAAAGAGCUCAACAAGUGCCGGGAGGAGAACUCAAUGAGACUGGACCUAUCGAAACGGUCCAUUCACAUCUUGCCCACCUCCAUUAAGGAGCUGACACAGCUGGCUGAACUCUACUUAUACAGCAACAAGCUGCAGAGCCUGCCAGCUGAGGUGGGUUGCCUAUCAGGCCUGGUCACGUUGGCCCUGAGCGAGAACUCCCUGACCAGUUUGCCUGACUCCCUGGACUCUCUUAAGAUGCUUCGAAUGCUCGACCUCCGGCACAACAAACUCAGAGAGAUACCCGCUGUUGUCUACCGGCUGACAACUCUUGCCACGCUGUACCUGCGCUUCAACCGCAUCACAACAGUGGAGAAGGACAUCCGAAACCUAUCCAAGCUCACCAUGCUCAGCAUUCGUGAGAACAAGAUUAAACAGCUGCCCGCAGAGAUAGGAGAGCUAUGCAGCCUCAUAACUCUGGAUGUUGCCCAUAACCAGUUGGAACACCUACCGAAGGAGAUUGGGAAUUGCACACAGAUAACCAACCUCGACUUGCAGCACAAUGAGCUCUUGGACCUCCCAGAGACUAUAGGCAACCUGGCAAGCAUAAAUCGCUUAGGUCUGCGAUACAAUAGAUUGUCAGCCAUCCCCAGAUCAUUAGCCAAAUGUCGAGAACUGGAGGAGCUAAACCUUGAAAACAACAACAUUUCGGUGUUGCCAGAGGGCCUACUGUCAAGUUUAGUCAACCUGACUAGUCUAACACUGGCGAGGAACUGCUUCCAGUCGUACCCUGUGGGUGGACCAUCCCAGUUCUCCACCAUCUAUUCCCUCAACAUGGAGCACAACCGCAUCAACAAGAUCCCCUUCGGCAUCUUCUCCAGGGCCAAAGUGUUAAGCAAGCUUAACAUGAAGGACAACCAGUUAACAUCUCUCCCAUUGGACUUUGGCACAUGGACCAGCAUGGUUGAGCUUAACCUGGCAACCAACCAGCUGACAAAGAUCCCAGAGGACGUCUGUGGUCUAGUCUCUCUGGAGGUGUUAAUACUGUCCAAUAAUCUUCUCAAGAAGUUACCACAUGGUAUUGGAAAUUUGAGAAAGCUACGGGAGCUGGACUUGGAGGAAAACAAAUUGGAAUCUCUACCUAAUGAAAUUGCUUAUCUGAAAGAAAUACAGAAAUUGGUGUUGACAAAUAAUCAGCUGACCACGUUACCCAGAGGCAUCGGCCACCUCACCAACCUGACUCAUCUUGGUUUGGGGGAGAACCUGCUGCAACACCUCCCAGAGGAGAUUGGUACACUGGAGAACCUGGAGGAGCUGUACCUCAACGACAAUCCCAACCUGCACAGCCUACCGUUCGAGCUGGCCCUCUGCAGCAAGCUGUCCAUCAUGAGCAUCGAGAACUGUCCCCUCAGCCACCUGCCACCACAGAUUGUCGCGGGAGGCCCCUCCUUCAUCAUCCAGUUCCUCAAAAUGCAGGGACCAUAUCGUGCCAUGGUCUGAGCCAAGAGCAGCUCAAUCCCAGUCCUGCUUAACUCCAAACCCUCCACCUGCUCUAAACCCUCUCGCCUGCCCGCCCCCCAUUACGUGUAUCAUACACUGUAAAGAAAACAGACUCGCCACAAUCGGUGUCGGGGGCAAAUACGAGGAGGAGGAGGAGGAGGAGGAAGAAAAUGUUUCUUUCACCAUCCUUGGAUAGAAAGGAGGCGAAUCAUUGGAGUUUUGACUUCUGUGUUACUCCAGAGUUUAUCCCGGUCAUUUUAGGACCCCAGCCACCCCCCCCCCCCCCACUCAUGUUUCAUUCUGAAUCAUACAAGAGGAAAAUAUUUCCAUCACUUUGCCAAAACUGAAGAUAUAUAAAGUUCUAUAUAUUGAGUAACUGUGAGCUAAGUGGCAAGUCUUUUAACCAUAUAAACCGUACUCCCAUUGCCAAUAUAUUUACAGUAAUUACAAGCAUCUAUUAUGUGAGCAAGGAUACAAUUGUAUGCAAAAACAAACAAAAAAAGUCUUUGGAACUUCACAUUUACUGCUGCUGCCGUAAUUUUAACUUUGUCAUCUUGUUGUAUUUUCUUUUGAUAUUCACUUCUUUUAACAUCCCCUUUGCUCAAGAUAACUUAUGUUAACUGCUUCUUGACCAGAGAGAACAAAGGUCUAAUGAUGGCUUGUUUAUACUUUCUUUUUUGUAAUUUUUUUUUUUUUACCUUUUUAUGUUUAAAUACUGUGCCUAUGUUUAGAGUGAUCCAGUGGUUCAUUUCUAAACACCAUUGUCCAUGAGAAUACAAAGAUAUAAAUUAUUUCAAUAAUUCUUUUUUUUUUUUUUUUUUAUUACUGCUGUUUUUACUUAAGUUUUUCCUUAUUUGUAGUGUUCCUUUUGCUGUUGCAUUAAUCUGUUAAAUCAAGCGAUAUCAGUUGUAAAAUAAGGUGAUUGGUGAUUUGAGAUCUUUUUAACAAAUAGCAGCAGUAGUUGUAAAACAUUGAGCUAGUAAUGUAUACAUAUGAGAAAUGCCAAUCAUACGUGCUAAAAAAAGCAAGUUGGACUUUUCUCCGAAACGGGAGGUGCAGUGAAUCCCUCCCCCUCCCCCUAUAUUGCUUUUUGUGACAAAAAGGUAUUGAAAAAAGUCAAACCUACACAGGUGAUGGGAUAAAUGAGGAAAUGUUUUUAUAUAAAUGUAUACAAAUCCUGGUGGUUGCCUUGAGUGCAAUUUUAGUUCUGUUUACUGGUUUGAUAUUAUCUUCAGUGUUGGGCUGCAUAGCUGUCAUUCAGUUGAUCAUUGACCAACAUAUCAAGCAUUUUUAAAAAGACGUUAUCCGGGUCUCUGGAGCAAGUUAUGUGUGUAUCAGAGCUUCGACUAAGGUUUGAUAAUAAAUCAUUGACAGGUAACACUUCCGUUUUUGGUUUAUUACCCUUAAUUAUUGGUAGUUUUUAGUUUUUGAUAGGGUUUCCUAAGAAUCUUAAUUACAUGAUGGAAAAUGUUCCCUUUAUUUAGAUUCAUAAAAAAAUAUAUAGAUAUGAACAUAUCUAUCUAUAUAUGUGUAUAUCUAUCUAUAUGUGUGU